GAUUUGUCAAAUUCAACACGGCCGUGCCGACGAACAGACCGCACAAAGCGUAAUGUAAAAGAAUUGAAAAAAAUCAUCAAGUAUAGAGGCCAAACGCAGCAGUCGGGGGCGAGUUAUCAAGUAAUUUAUAUUUUUAACAACUAAAUACACCGUGUAGUGCGUUGUGCAUGCGAGCGGUAAGCGAAUUGCGGAGGCAACAAGCAAAGCCAAAAAACGGCUGCUAAACGGCGAAACAAACGCUCACGCCCGCGUUGAGAGAGCCCCCCCCCCAUCACGUUCACACACACAUAUAUAUAUAUAUAUUCCACACAAACACAAGCGUGUGCCUUGGCAGGUGAGAAGGAGGCGGCAAAAGCCCCGAAAAAGAAACUUUAGCCGCCACAAAGGACAUCAGCAGGCGCAGCAGAGCUAAAGGCAAGGAAAGCCAAAGGAAGAACCCAAGGACAGAGGCCGGACCCUAUCCGUAAUUAGCCCCAGUUUGGAGACAGAAAAGGUUCCGCACUGUCACUCUGAGUGCAGGAGCAGGUGUAGCAGUAGCAGCAGCAGCAGCUGGAGGAGCAUCACAACAAUCACAAUAGAAGCAGCGUAUUUGGCGAACAUUUUGCAUUGAUGGUAAUGCAUGCUAGAAAACCGCAGCGUAUGAACGAUGGGUACUUUGAGAAGCAUACCAGUCACACUUCCUACCAGAGCUCAAAGUACAGCAGUUCAAAGCGCGACUAUGAACGUGAUCGUUCCUCCAAUUAUCGCGAUCGCGACCUCUCACCGGGUGGCAGUGGCGGUGGCGGCACCGGUGGCGGCAGCAACAGCGGUAAUGGCGGCGGCGGUGGUGGCCCACUAAACAAUGGCAACAGCUAUCGCUCUCAAUCGCCCGAUAUUGAUUCCCCCUCAUCGAGGUCACACGACUUGCGGGAUCGCAACGAUCAUCGGGGGAGUGGCAGCGUUGGUGGUGGCGGAGGAAGCGGCGGUGGUGGCGGAGGUGGCCGUGGUGGCAGCAACGAGCGCUACAGCUUCAUACAAAAGAUGCGCGAUCGGGAUCGUGAUGUCUACAAGAAGGAUAAAUAUUCUGAUAAAAGAGAUCGACGUGGCAAUGAUCGGGACUCGGAAUCGUAUCGCACUAAUCAUGACAGGGAUCGUCGUGGCGGAGGCAGCGGUGCCAGCGGCAAACUAUGCUCCUCCCGCGAGAAUGACAAACGUUCCGGCUCUGAUGAUCGCGAUCGGGAGAGAGAUCGUGAUUUGCGUGAUAUCCGCGACAAGCGUGAUCGUGGCUCUGAUCGUGACAGGGAUAUGUACAAGAAGGAUAAAUAUGCAGACAAGCGGGAUCGCAGCGACAGAGGUGAGCGUACGGCGCGUUAUGGCGACUGGAGUGAACAUGUCAGCUCAUCGGGAAAAAUGUAUUAUUACAACUGCAAAACGGAAAUCUCUCAGUGGGAGAAGCCAAAGGAAUGGGUGGACAGAGAAAGGAAUUUGCCCCGUGAUCAGCAUAGGGAGAAGGACUAUCGCGAUAAGGAGCGUGACCGAGAUCGCGAUGAUCGCUUCAGCAGAUCGACAUACAAACAUUCCAAUUCUUCGCGGGAUAAUACACGACUGAGAUGGAGCUACAAUGAUGAUGUGGGACCGCCGAGUCAUCGGAGACGUUUGGAUGGUCGGCAUAACGAGAGUGCUGAUAUGGAUAUUAGCGGCGAUUCGACGCCCACCUCAGAGGCCAGCUACUCCCUGACCGGCACCCCCACCACGCAUGGCGGCACCGGGAUGAGUGCAGGUGGAGGAGGAGGCGGCGGCGGCAGCGGUGGUGGUAAUAGCAGCAAUGCAACAAUGGAUCAACCCAUGGGUAAUGCAUUGCCCCGGCUGGCCUCACAUCCGAAUACUGGUAGCUCCUCGGGAGCUGGUGGAGCGCCAAUGGGAGGAUCAGCGGCUGCAGCAGCUGCGUUGCACUACAGCGGUAGUGGGUCAGGCGCGGGACCCGUGUCCGGUGCCACCAUGCUACCCACCAGCGGACUCUCCUCGGUGCCCCCAAGCAUUGCCAAUAGCAGCAGCAGCAGCAACAGCAGCAGCCUUAGAAACUCAGUUGUUGGCCACAUUGGCUCAACCUCCAGCACGACUGUGCCAACGCUGUCGAAUCAGGAUCCCCACCAGCAGCAGCAUCAACACCAGCAUCACCUAAACUCAAAUGCACCGUUGCCGCCUGGCAGCGGCAGCAAGGGACGUCAAAAGAUGCAUUUGGGUAUGAGCGUGCACGACCAUGGGCAACACAAUUCAUCUGUGAAUGCAUCAGGGUCCGAUGCAUUGGUGAAUCAUGCCUACAAUUCGGUCAAUAAUUCAGUCACCGGCAAUAGCUUAAAUAGCUUAAGGGACAAUAACAGCAUCAAUUCCCCUCUGUACAUGUCGCAUCCCCAUCACAAUCUGUCGCCCCCGCUGAAUUAUACCAAGAGUCCCAUACCAACGAUUGUGGGUAUUACGAACACCGGAACGGUUGUGAAUGCCGCCAGCAUUAUUGGAAAUUCAUAUACCUGCCAGGCGACCUACGGCCCGAUCAAGACUGUUGUCGAUGGUGGUGUCUCACCGGCAACACCAGGCGGUGGCGGUAAUGGUAGCAGCCAAAAUAUUGUACCCGGCCUGGGUGCCGUCAGUGGGAUCAGUGUGAUCACCUCAAUGGGCAGCAACAGUGUGGCGGGGGUGAUGUCUCUUGGGGAUGGCGGUCCGCCAACACCAACCAUGGAAUUAGAUUUAAGCUCAGCUUUAGAACAGCAACAGCAGCAGCAACAGGUGGCAAUGGCCGCCACAAUGGCAGCGGCAGCCCUUGCAGUCGCACAGGCAUCAGUCCAGCAGCAACAGCAGGCGGCGCAACAGGCCCAACAGCAGCGAAAGUUGGAUGGGGCAUCGGGCGCACUUAGCUCAUUGCAGAGCUGUGUGGGCUCUUCAGUUCAGGCGGCAAAUCUUCGAGGACCGGAGAUCUCGCCAAAGUUGGCCAAAUACUUUCGCGCUGACUUGAUUGCGCACGUGACCAAUUGGCAGGCUGAGAUACUGGAGCGUCAGGUAAGCUUUGAGGCGCAAAAAUGCUGCGAGGACACGCAUCUGUUUGGGGAUAUUACCUGCACGAGAAUUUGCGCGGAACUAAAAUGCGCGCGGAGUCUAGUGCGCAGCACUGAGAUCAACGCCACACUCCAGGAACAGAAAAUCAUGUAUUUGCGCCAGCAAAUUCGCCGAAUUGAGGAGUCGAAGACUCAGAACGCGUUCAUGUCUGACGAUACUUAGGAUCAGGAGCAGGUUAGGCUGCGCGUGCAUCGCAAGCUGUCUGUCAGGCUCAAAAAGAGCAUAUUCUGGCGCAGCUGAUGAUGAUUGCGAUGAUGUGUUGAUGAUACGCCCAGAACCCCACCCAGCUGCAUUGAAUUGCCUUCUCCAUCUCGCAUUUUGGCGAUGAUGUGGGGACUGUGAUGGUGAUUGCGAGUGGGGCCAGGCGGCCACCAAUAACACCAUACUCACACACACACGUGCAUCCUGCUGUUUUGCUCCUCUACUCGACUCGAUUCGACUCUACUCUACCCACACGGCGACGCAUCAUCCGCCAGCCCUAAAAGCAAAAACCACACAACGGAUGCUCUCUUGUGAUCCGCGAGAGAACCCUCAUGUGCUCUCUCUGCUGUGGGGUGGCAGCGUCACAAUGAAGGCAAAGUUAUAAAACUCGCGGCUGCAGCGCAAGAAACUCUACAGCAACGAGACAAGAAAUAUUCCACCACAAGAUAACAACAACAAAAACAAGCUGUUCAACAACAAGAAGAAAACAACAAGCUGUUCAACAACAAGAUGAAGAAAACCAACUGCAACAAAAAAAAAAACUAAAAUAUAAUUUAUAAUUAGCAAGAAAACGUAAAUUAAAUAAUUAAUUAAACAAACAAUGAAGCAAGACAGCGGAAGAGAAGAAACUCAAUAGGAAUCACCAACAAACACCAACCCACAACUGAUAAAAAUGAAGUAAGAUGACUUAACUAUGCAAUAUACAAAUCGAAAACCAAUCAAGAAGCAAUAGAGAUAAAGCCUCGAAAUCGAAUUAAAUCGAAGACACAAAAACACCAACAACACCAACAAAAACACCAACAACAACAACAAAAACAGAAACCGAACACCAAGAAAUGUCAACAUAGUAUACUCAACUACAAUAAAAAGCAAAAAAUUAAACUAUAUACAAAAUAUAUAUAACUAUAUAUAUAGAGUAUAUAAAGAUUGUAUAUGUAAAAAGAAGAAACACAGCAUCUACUAUAAAUACGUACAUAUUUGUAUGGUACAUAUGAGCAUAAUAAUGGUGGACAUACAAAACCAAAAUGCGAGUCAAGUCUAACAGUCGAAUCCUUCACACGCUUUCAGCCUUCGUUAGCAGGAAA